AUGGCGUCUGGGGAUCCCAACGCGGCGGCCGCUGGCGACGGCAUGUGCGGCAUCUGUUUUACGAGCAUUCACCCUGCCGAUAACCCACGCGGCCGGUUAAACUCCUGCAACCACAUUUUUUGUGCCUACUGCAUCAAGGAGUGGGCAAGGAGCACAAACGUGUGUCCCCACUGCAAGGCCCGGUUCACCCGCAUCUUCACCGUGGAUGCAGCAGGCGCCGAGGAGGUCACGAAGGUGCGACGGCGAAACUACAAGCUCUGGGAGGAAGACGAGGGCGAAGCGGAGGAGGGCGAGGGAGAAGCAAGUGAGAACAAUGGGGGUGACAGUCGGGCGUCGGCGUCCAGUUUGCUCGUGUGCGACGUAUGCGGCCAGAGCGACAAUGCGGUUCGAAUGAUUAUCUGUGAUCGUCGGCAGUGCUCGAACACGGUCCACCUCGAUUGCAUAAAUCUCUCAGAGCGGCCAGCGGAGUAUUUUUGCUCCGAAUGCACGCUUCUCCGUGCACCGGCUCCAGCUGCCGUCACCUCCGCGUCGGACGCCGUGGCACCUUCCCUGGCGCUGCCGGCCACCGUCGAGGGCACGGCCGUCAACGAUGAGCCUCCACCGCCCGAGGCUGAUGACGCGGAUCAGGCGCCGCCAGUGACAGUUCCCCCGGCGCCUGCCCCUCCGUGCCGGACAAGCGCACGAAAGGUUUCCGUCGCCCCACCGGCCUGGCUGCAAGCGGCGGUUGAACGCAGCCCUAGACCGCAGCCAGAGUCGCAGCGACGCGUGCCUGCGGCAAUGCAGACUUCUUCAAAUAGUUCGGCGCCUCCAACGAGCGCCGUCGCCCGUGAGGCGGGAGGAAGUGGGGGACCAUCGCUGGCGUUGCCGGUUGAAGAUGACGAACUGCACCGCUCCGCGCAGACCGCUAUGCAGCAAUUUCUGCAGCGGCAGGCACAGCAGGAGCACCACACACGCCUUCGGCGACAGCGCAAAGUCGAGGAUCCCUUGUACGGCCUGGCUUUGCCUUGGUCCCCCGCACAACGAUCGAAACGGCCCCGUGGUGGUGAUAACUUGCCCUCGGGGCGUGCUGAGGCGGCGGAUGUGUUGAACCCCGAGUCGCGACGCCGUGAAGAAGAGGCGCUGGCGCGGCGCAUGGCCCUGGAGCUGCUUCCCAUUCUUCGCCGCAAUCGGCUUCUGCAGGAAAAUCGGCUCUCGUUGGGCGAUAAUGGGAGCAUUCUGGUAGCGUCGUCGCCCUCGGAGGCUGUGAGGGCGCGGCGUGAGCGGGACCUCUACACCGAGGCCAUGGCGGAGGGCAGACGCAUGGCGCGAGAACGCAUGGAGGCCAAACUGAUCGACGCCAGGCUGAGAAAGGAGCGUCUCCUCCGGGUGCAAGCGCAGCGCGAAUCCGCGGCGUUGGCGAAGCUGGCGAGAAUUGUUGCCUCUCGCCGGGUCAAGCCAAGGCCAAGCUGA